AUGCCACCUCCGUCUGAGCCAGAGCCGCCACAGAAUUUUUCCGAGGAUCUCAUCAAGCGCAUUGAUGGGGUCGUGACCGAGAUGGAACGGGAGCUCUCAGACGAUCUUGCAGCGUGCGUCAAGUCUCCGCUGAACGAGCUCAAAACCGCUGCCGCUGCCUCCAGCAUUGCGUCGGCAGCAGUCGAGCUUGCGUUGUCUUGCAAUGUUGGCACAGUUGCACUGAUCCUUACAGUGAAGCUUUGGACCACGGAAGACGCCGAUGGGACUGGCGACAACGAGAGUACACUUGACUGGAUUGACAAACAGAUCCGGGCUAUCGAGCAGCGCCGCGAGGCUUGCGAGCUGAGGCAGACCCAUCUGUCCGAUCUGCGGCGCCUAGUUGCAGAUGGUGAGCGCGGCCAGCUAUCAGGCCGCCGCCUAAUUCGUGACGAAGGGCUCUAUGCUGCGCCGCCGGAGGAUUUCGAUGAGGCCGGGAACAGCCCCGCCCGGCGGCUCUCGAUCCUCGAGGCAUGCCCGCACAUGUUCGAAGCAGACGGGGAGACGUUCCCGGUGCUUAAGACGGCCACGGCGGCCGAAGCUGAGGAGCCUUCCUUCAACUUGCCAUUGGCUGCCGCUGGGAGGGCUUGUGGGCUGUUGGACCAGGCGCUUGGCUUUGCAGCUCACCUAAAGCCUUUGGCCAGCCACCGGUUCUUUGCCAGCGGUUGGGGGGACCUUCAGCAACUUCAGGAUGCCCGCGCUUUUAUGGACGACUUUGUGCUAGAAUAUUCACACGGAGUUGCGGCACCCUCCGUGUCCUUGGGACCAGAGUCUCCUCUUUUCGGGGGCUCGGGUUUUCGCUGCCGUGGAGAGUUUCCGAGCCCCCUGGCAUCCUAUCUGCCGGAGGAGUGCAGACUUUGUGACUUUGAGCUCCUCCUGCCGAAGGAUCGAGAACCCUGGGCAUGUGUGGUACAGUUUCCAGGCACUGCAGACCAGUCCUACUUCUUCCGUAAGGUGAUGCUCGGCCUGCCGCUCUUGCGAGAGGGAGUCGCCUCGGUGCUGAUAACGCCACCAUUCUACGGCGCGCGUCGCCCAAAGCAUCAGACGCUGCACUACAUAAGCACCGUCGCAGAGUUCUCCCAUCAGAGCGCGGGCCUUCUCCUGGAAGCCAUGCAGAUUCUGGACUGGCUUCGUGAAAAGUUCCCGAAUGCCUGCUUGGGAAGCACGGGCAUCUCCUGGGGCGGGGCAAUGGCCUCGUGCCUUGGGUUCUUGGGGAAGAAGCAUGAUUUGGCGGUGGUGCCCUGCCUUCCCUCCGCCGACCCCGAGGUCUUGAUCAGUGGGGCCUUGCGUGGUGAGGUGGCUUUGGACCGUUUGGCAGAGGAGAGCCAUGGCCUCGAUGCACAGGAAUCCGAGAGCCUCCUGCGUGGCUUGCUGUGUGCCAUGAGUACCAGGGAGCUGAACGAAAUGGUGAUCCCUGGGCCCGUCGGUCGAAAGGUCGUGCUGCAGGUCAGCGCUUUCUAUGAUACAUUCGUGGACAAAGGAUCGAGCCAGGUGAACUUCCGCCUGCUGCGUGACCUCGACUCCAGGGCUCAGUUGCGCUGGGUUGCUGGCGGCCAUGCCUCUUCCCACGUCGUAGCCCGUUUUCUCUUCACGAAGUCCAUUCUCACCGGCCUUCGACGCCUCGCAGCCCACCAGCAGAACGAGCGCACAUGGAUCCCAUCGCUUCACAUGCACCAUUUGGCAUGUGCCCUCAUGUAUCGUCUGGAGGCCGAACACGAAGAGCUCAAGAAGCAGGUUGAGUCUGAACGGCUGGAGCUCCUGAAGGUGCGCUCCAACCUGGAGAUGGAGUGCGAGCGUCGGUUAGAAGAGGUGCGGGCGCUUGCAGACUCGGUCCAGGAGGGUCGGCAGCGUGCUAUAGUUGCCGAAGAGGCAGCUAACCAGCGCGCCAAAGAAGCUGGCUUCCAGGUCCAAGUGCUGCAGGAUCGCCUACGUGAGGCAGAGGUAACCUUAGAGCGUGAGCGCCAGCAGUUCCGCGCAGCGCAAGAAGCGCAAGCUGCGGCAGGUGCUGAUCUCCGCCAACUGGAGGAGAACUCUCGCGCGGUGCUUGCAGACUGCCGCGCUUUACAGCAGAAGGUUCGUGAGCUGGAGCUGGAACGAGCGGCUUUCCUCGAAGUCCAAGCGAAGUCCGAGGAAGAGCGCAAGGCCAUGAUGGGUCGCAUUAGCCAGUUCGAGGAUGAAAAGUCGCGAGACAUUGAGUCGGUGCUGCAGCAUCACCGCGAGCAGUGGCGGGAGGCCGCCAACAGGGAAUCGGAGCAGAUGAGGGCCUCCCUUGAGGCAACGCAUGGCCGCAACCUGAAGGAUCUGGAGAGGCAGGCACAAGCCAGGGCGGCCGAACCGCACCCGACGCUGCUCAAGGAGCUGGAAGACUUGAGAGCAGAACGCCUGAGGCUUCAGGCCGACCGUGACUCAGAGCAGCGGGCGCGAGUGGAGGUGGAACAGAGGCAUGCUGCAGCAGUCAAAGAUGCCGCCAUGCUAAGAGAAGAUCAGCAGCGACUGCAGGCCGCUCAUGCAGCGGAAGAGCGUGCCAAGGAGGAUGUCGCGGCGAAGCACAACGCCGUGUUGGCGGACAUGGAAAGGAUCAAGGGAGACAAGCUGGAGUUGGAGAAGGACCAAGCUGCCGAGAAGCAAGCCAGAUUGCUUGCAGAGCAGAAGCACGCUGCAGCCCUUGAGGACGCACAGCGCUUGAAGGCCGACCAAGAAAAGUUGCAAGCAGACAAGCUGGCUGAGCAACAAGCACGCACGGAGGCAGAGCGCAGGCACCAGUCUGUCCUAAAGGAUAUGGAGCAGGUUCGUGCAGACCACCAGCGCGUCACCCAAGAGAAGGAAGAGGAAGCUCGUCUGCGCGCAGAGGCAGAGAUGAGGCACGCGGCCGUUGCCAAAGACAUGCAGAAGCUCCAGGAAGACCACUCGAGGCUGAAAUCCGACAAGGAUGCAGAAGAGAAAGCCAAACUGGAGGUGCAGCGACUCCAUCAGGAGGUGCUGCGAGAGAAGGCGUCUGGACACGGUCAUUUGCAGGAGCUCUUGGAGGCCGAGAGACGAGCCAAGGAAGAGAUGCAGCAGCGCCAUGCAGCGGUGGAAGGCGACAAGCAGAAGAUGGUUCAAGAUCAGGCCAAGAUGCAGGCAGACCAGGCCCGCGAAGCUCAGCUAAGAGCGCAGGCUGAACAAAAGCACGAAGAGCUCGCACGAGAUUUGCAGAAGUUACGUGAAGAUCAACAGCGUCUGCAGUCCGAUAAGGAUGCCGAAAGCCAGGCCAAAGCUGAGGCCGAGCGGCGACAUGCUGCAGUUCUGCAGGAUAUGCAGAAGCUGACGGCAGACAAGCAGAAACUGGAGGCAGAUCAUGCUGCUGAGAGACAGGCGCGGCAAGAGGCGGAGAAGAAACAUGUGGAAGUUCUGCAAGACCGAGAGAAGAUGUCUUCGGACAUGCACUCCCUUCAGCGAGACAAGGAUGCGGAGACUGCAGCCAAAGAGGAGUACGCAAGAAAACACGAGGCCGCCUUGAAGCAGCUGGACCUCGUGAAGGCUGACCAGGCCAAGCUGCGCUUGGACAAGGAGUCUGAAGCUCGCGCCAGAGCAGACCUGGAAGCAAAGCAUCAGGCUGUCCUGCGCGACAAGGAAGAGAUUCAGGCACAGCAUCUGAAAGUUCAGCAGGACAGGGACAGGCUGGAAGCGCUCCAUGGCAAUGUCUCGCGCGACCACGAAGAGGCCCACUCAAAGUUGAGAGCUGCCCACGAGGCCGAACUGAAGCAUACCAAGGACUCGCACCUGCAGCUCAAGGCGGAAUGGGAAGGACGACACCAGGACUUGUUGCAGGAGCUUGAGAAGCUCCGUGCCGAGCACCGAAAGCUGCAGCAGGAACGGGAUGACGAGCGACGAGGGCGAGAGCGUGUUCACAGCGACCACCAAACCGCCCUUCGCGACGCAGAGUCAACGAAGAUCCAGCUGGAUGGCCUCAAGGCGCGCAAUGCAGGCGACCGAGCCUCGCUAGACGAGGCAAACAGCAGGCUUCGCACACUUCAAGCGGAGCGGGAUACCUUGGCGGCAGAUGUCACCACGCUCAAGGAGGCGGAGGUAAAGCUUCUGCAGAAGAAGUUAGAAGAGCGGGACCAGGAGGCUCGGCAAUCCGAAGAUAAGCGGCGACUGCAGGAAGAGAAGUUGUCAUCGCUGCUGUCGCAGCUGGCUGCUGAGAAGAAGGAUGCCGAGGAGUUGAAGCAAACACUUGAGCAGGAAAUUCAGAACACUUCGAGCGACUGGUCGGAAGCCCGGUGGGAGCACAGAGGCAUGCGUAGGAAGGAGGAUGGGCGAAUGUAUUCCGAAGAGCAUGCCCAGGCUGUCUCUGCCCUGCGUCAAACGCUAGGGGAUGUCGUGCAACAAGGCACCACUGGUCUCGCUGUAGAGACCGAAUUGAAGGCCGCCACAGCAUCCAUAGCCAAAACGAAAAGUGAUGCUGAAAUGCGGGCGCAUCGGAUGUCCCUCUGGGCAGAGCUCUUGUCUCAGAGGGAUCCUGGACCUUGUGAAGACCUGGAAGACAACAUUUCGAGCGCCACGGAGGUCCACAUCAGUUCCAUCAACGCUCAGCUGGAGGGGGCUGCUAUUGCCGAGAGCAAGGGCCUGCCCCUUCGGCGUGGGCUUACCGACUACGAGAAAAGGACGGAGAUUGAAUCUGAGCGCCACACUGAACUUCUCAGACUGGAUGCACGGCUCCAUGACUUGAGGGCCCUGCAGGAAGAGGUUGCGUUGGAGCACAGCCUGUCAGAGUCCGACCAGCAGAAGAUCAAAGAGUACCUGCAGCGGGACAUGAAGCGUUGUGAAGAGGAGCUGGAGAUACUGAAGCCGACAUCAGCUCUUGCAUCAGUCCCCGACCAGCUCAUCGAGGUCCUUCAAGCCAUGGCACAGGACGACAUGCCAGAACGGUUCGAGCACGGCUACUCGCCGAUGCAUUGGGCAGCUCAUCGCGGUCGUCGAGACCUUGUGGAAUUCCUCCGUCGACUGGUGGACAACGGCCACAGCCUCUUGUCAUCCCGAGAUGACCAAGGUCGCACACCGCUCUUCUACGCAGAGCGCGCGGGACGUACGGGCUUAGCCUACCACCUGCGCCGGGUGGGAGGCGAAGCAGAUCCCUUCAGGCCGGCUUCUGAGCGGCCGCAGGUUGAUUCCCUGCCUCCGGCAUACCAGCAGGUCCUGCGGCAAGUCGAGACGAGGGGAUGGCAUUCCAUGAAGUGGAAGGAGGACUACACCAUGCUGCACUGGGCUUCGAGCAAAGGCCACAAGGAUCUCGCAAUGUACCUGAUUAGUCUCAAUGCCAACCCGAACGACCUUGACAGCAAGGGCCGCACGCCGGCCGCCUGCGCCACGGAAGCCGGUCACAUGGACCUGGUGGCUGCUCUGCAGGCCCAGGCAAGCCGCGUGCGUCGUGCUUUCCUGUCUCCUGUGUCGUCAGGGGAUCGACAACAUCUUCUCGUCUUCGCCGUUAUCGCGGUCGUCGGGUCGGGUUUCGUUGAGUUUCACCAUCAUGGCCGUCGUCGUUGCAGCUGUCGUCGUGAGUAUGAGUGUGGCCACGGGGGCUGGCGUGCCUGUUGGUGUGUGGUGGCGGUGGAGGUGGUGCUUGGGGUGGUGGUGGUGGUGGUGGUCUUGGUGGUAGUGGCGGUGGCAUUGGUGGUAUCGUUUUGUUUGCCCCUGCAGAAGACGAGGUCCUAG